GGAAUCUAUAGCUGUGAUUUUAAAUUCGUUUUCCAAGAAACUCUAAUACAAUUGGCGCACCAAUGUUGUUGUCAUCCUGAGCAAAUAAACUGAUAUAAAGAGAUUCAGCUCUGAUGCUCAUAAUGGAUAUUCAGACAUCACAUCUUGGCCAUGGGCUUGGGACACUCUCACAUCAGCUUCCCCACCGAAUUAUCCACCAGCCGCAGGUUCUGCACAGUGCCCAAGAACAAUCACUGAAUUCCAGCACAGGGCAGCAUGAUCACGACCAUCAGCAAUUGCAACACCAUCAUCUAUCGCUGCAACAACAUCAGGCCAGUCCACCGACAUUACACACCUUGCAGAGCACAUCGACUGGUGAUAACCUGAGCAUUGGCAUAAACUCAAAUCAAAAUCAGCAUGACCAGCAGCAACAUGCCGGAAGCAACUUGUAUGCAGCUUCACAGAUGGAAGACAAGUCGAAAGCCAACAAGUUUGACGAAUAUUCGAAUAGGAUUUUGAGCAGCAUAUCAGGUGGUGCUACGCCGCCGUCUGCUGGUAAUUUUAUGUCACAGGCCCAAAGUGUCGAAUGGAUGACUGCUAUGAAUGAUGUGCAAAACGGGGCAGAAGACUCACACAGCUCGCAAGGCAGCAUUUCUGGCGAUGGUCAUGGAGGAGUGAAUCAGUUAGGUGGCGUAUUCGUGAACGGACGCCCACUGCCCGAUGUCGUUCGACAACGCAUUGUGGAGCUGGCCCACAAUGGGGUCCGCCCAUGUGACAUAUCCCGCCAGUUGCGCGUGAGUCAUGGAUGUGUGUCUAAGAUUCUAUCAAGAUAUUAUGAGACUGGUAGCUUUAAGGCCGGCGUUAUAGGAGGAUCCAAGCCAAAGGUGGCCACUCCGCCGGUAGUAGAUGCAAUAGCUAAUUAUAAACGCGAAAACCCCACAAUGUUUGCUUGGGAGAUCCGAGAUCGGCUCUUGGCAGAAGCUAUAUGCUCUCAGGAUAAUGUUCCCAGCGUUUCCUCAAUAAACCGGAUUGUGAGGAACAAGGCUGCUGAGAAAGCCAAGCAUGUUCACCAUCACCAGCAGCAUCAUGUGCCACAGAGUCUCGGUGGGGCACAUGUUGCCACCGAAAGCCUCGACAGCAGCACGGGAACGAACGGGGAACCACAAGCACCGAGUGGCGGAACAAGCAAUAGCAGUGUUAAUUCCACAAACACAAACGCAAACACAAACGCUUCUGCGGCGGCGAUGGGGCACGCAUCAAUACCGCCGACAUCAGGCACCGACGCUGUUCAAGUCGCAGUCGGCCACCUCAGUAACAACGUCAAUGACACCAGCAAUGGAAAUAUCAACUCAACGACUGAACAACGAACGACUGGAUAUAGCAUAAACGGAAUUUUAGGUAUUCAACAUGGACAGCAUUCUCACAACAACAACAACAGCAGUAGUGUUAACAACAACAACAACAACAACACUGAUCCAAACUGUAAACGCAAAAGAAUCCAAUCUCACGACGAAAACCGUGACACAAAUGUGAAUUCCGAAGACGAUGUAAAGCGGCAGCGUACGGGAUACUGUGGCGAUCAACUUUACCCUAAUAUUUGGUCCGGCAAAUGGUGUAUAAAAGAUGAGCACAAGCUUCUUGCCGAGUUAGGCAAUUUGUCAACAGGAGCCGGAAAUUGUACAGCAUCUUAUUAUGAGGCUUCUAAUGGAUUUGCAACCAACUCUAUAUCAGGAUCUGGCUCUACGCCAUCCGGCUCCGACACGUCUAUGCUGUAUGAUAGUAUUGCAACGAUUUCUCAAGCUCAAGGCUCAAUUUAUACACAGACAAUUGGGCCAUCAAUUGCAAGCAGUUCGCUUACCCCUUUGGUCCCUAUAAGCAUGCAUGAUAUGAAGCUUAGUGCAAGUUCAAUACAGGAACAGACAAUCCCUCCUUUUUUCACAGCUCUUGCAUUCGACGGAAACUACUCAUCAAUGACCAGCUUGGAAAACGGCUCCAGUUCUUCAGUGGGACAAGGAAUCAUUGCAGUGCCAGAAGGCACUGAUCCGGCAAACCUUUGCUUAAUUAGUGAUAGGGUUUCACAAGACCACGCAGAAAAUAAUAGUAUCCGAGUGAAAGAGUCCAAGACCCACAGUGAUGGAGUCAGACCAGACGAAAAUAAGGAAUCUGAAAAAGAUAACUCCAAUUCGGAAACCAAUGACCAUAUUCUUUUGCCGCACUUAAAUCGUAUUCCGGAAGACCAACUGAUAAGAGGAAGUAGACGUCCUCAUUUAAACACAAUAGCGCACCCAUCCUCUCUGAUACUUCUGCAGCCUAGCGGAGGAGCCUCGUCAGUUAAUGAUAACCAGUCUAACGAAAGAUUAGACGUGGACCCCAACCUGCGAAAUAAUGUAGGCCUUUACUCAACGCCCACAGUGCUACCAAGUUUUAAUCACUACUCUGCAGGUUGUAGCUCGGUGGUUCCCAGUACGGAUUACGCCUAUAACCCCGCCUACACACAAUAUGGUGGGACAUAUGGAUCCUAUGGAUAUGGGACUAGCGGCGGCUUGAUAAAUUCAUCCUAUUACUAUGAGGGCGGACAAACUCAGUCUUCGUUGACACAAGACCUCCGUUCACCUUUAGCUGCAACCCGAGCGAACUCUCUAGCGUCGGCUGCUUCGCCAGGAAGCGGAAGUGCGUGCACAAAAUCCGAAUCAUCAGACAUUUUUCUUGUUUAGUUGAAACCAUAUCUCAACUUAUCCAACUUGUUUGGCUAAUAUUUUUAUUUAAGAGAAUAAUGAAAUGGGCAUUUCGACAUAAAUACAAUGCCAGCAAAACGGUUACAAAUCCUAUCCCUUUUUUAAUUUUUCCAAAAAUUAAGGAUUUAACCAGAAAGUUUCCAAAUUCUAUUUUUGUUUUUGGUUUUCUGUUUAAAAAUAAAAACGGGUCCUUGCAAUAAUAAUAAAAGUCUAUUAAAACAAACAUACCCAUGCUCAGCUAUAUCUUGACCAGAUAAAAAAAAUAAUUACAAAAUUGUUAAAUUUUACAAAAUUUAUGAAAAAAUUGCAUUUAACAAUUACUUUAAGUUAUACAUACAGCAAGAUUUAAAAAACGAGUAAUGGUUGUUAAGACAAACUUUUAAAACAACAAGCGAAUAUAAAAUUACUCACUUACAUCCGAAACCAAAAUGCCCAUAAAGGCGAUAAUCAACCAAAAACAUAAAACAAAAGUUUUAAAAACUUUUACACUAUUUAUUUUUAUUUAAUAUUCUUCAAGCGACAACCCACAAAUUAGUGUAUGUAAAAAUGUAUAUAAAUAAGUGACUAACAUGUAAUUAGGCGUAAGCUGAUAAAUGCACUGCGUUUAGAUAUUUUUGUCUUAAAUAUUAAGUUAAACCAAAACUUUGCUAAAAACUGUAUCUUGUGUAAAUAACGACUAACAUAUGUCGAAAAAUUACCGCAUGUUUUCUAAUUAUUUAACAAAGAACACAGUUUAUUUUGUUUUGUAUUUGUAUUUACCUCAAGAACUCGUACUUAAAUCUAUUUGCUCGAUUUAAUAUCGGCUUAACGAAUAUAACUGAUUACAAAAAAGUAUGAUCAUCGGCUCGUCUAUUUGUAAACGGAGAAACGUAGACAUUUAAACCAAUUUAAUUCUAAUAUGAAUAUUUGUCUGAAUAUGUUUGUUUUGUAUUCAACUUGAACAAGAAAGGAAGCUAGCUAUGGUAAGCCCAUGUUGAUCUACCCUUGCAGUCAUCACAAAUCAAUAGUAACAAGAUUUGUAUACCCUUGCAGACGGUUUUAGAAUUUCAGUAAAAAUAGCUGUCAUAGGAACAAUCUGUGAAAAUAUGGAAAAUUUAAUAGAAAAGCCGUAAUUACUUCGAUGUUGUUUGUCCUUUAGGCAUUUUGAUCUACAUUUUUGAUGAGUGCAAUGAUAUAUAGGCUUCGGCUCGCUGAAGCUUCCUUCGUUGUUGUUCCCUUACAACGUCAGCGAUAAAGUUUAGUCGAAUUUUUUGUAUUAAUUUUCUCAAUUCUAUAACAGCUAAUGAUAUAGUAGACCGAUCUUUAUAUAAAUUACUUUUUAAUACCUGUUAUUGUAAUGAAUUUCUAAAUGUCAUUUAAAAUUCCCGCUGCAAGGGUAUAAAACGGUGUGGUGAUCACAGUGCAAAAAAUAGUAUCUUAAAUCGUUUAAUAUGAAACACAACCGAAGCCAAAAAUUCAAUAGUAAAAUUUUAUAACUCAAAAAUUAAUCCCAGGUAUAAAUUUCUUUUAUUUUUGUUUGAACUAUCGUAACCGUCAUGUUAGUUAUUGAGCAGUUAAAGUAAAAAAGUUUUAAAACUAUGUUUUCAUUUUUUUAUUGGCAUGCCAAUUUAUUGGCUUUGAGUUAUGGAAAGCCUUGACUAUUUAAAUAGAUUAUUUAUGUAACAAACCAAAAAAGAUGUUUGACUCGUCCUCUAAACUUGUUUUAGGUUUAAAAUAACAAUUAUUUACCACUUUACCAAAUUAUAUACCUACUUAUUUUAAGUUUUAUUGAUUUUUAUGUAUUAUAAAUGAAAGCUAUAGAAAAUUUCUUUAAAACCCUUAAAUAAUCGCAUUUGAAGUGGAAAAAAAUGUGGCGGAAGAAAUACCUAAAUAUUUUAAUUAUUUUUAAAAACUACUGCUUAGCUUGUACUGUUUUAAAAUACUCCAGACUUCAAAACCAAUAUUAAGUUGUAGCUUAAUACUUAGAGUUAGAAAUUUAGUCUUAAAAUAAAUUUAGGUAAACGUUAAGAAUUAAGAAAGCACAAACCAAAUUUUAACUUAUUUAAAAUAAAAAUGUCUGUG